CAUGAAUAAAAUUUUGCAACUCUAAAUUUGCUCAUUUGAACAAUAUAUAAGUUGGCGAACGGCUGAUACAUUUGGCUCUAUUGCUUUGUAUUAUAUAACUUAGUAAGGAUAAAUAAUGCUAGGAUUAUUUAAGAGGGGUGUUACCUUUGAAGGAAUGGAUUGUUAUGCAGACCAAACCACACACGCUUUUAUGGAAGCUGGAAUGAGUCUGCAAAGUGAAAUUCCUUGGGCUCACCAAGCUUCAUAUGCUAAAUUCACAAUUUAUUUCGGUGCAGUAGUGAUAUUUAUUGCCUGCCUCAAGAAUAUAUGGUUUCGUUUCUAUGAUAAUUCAUAUUUGAAGAAUGCCCAAACUUCGACAAAUCCUUCACUUUUCAAAUCAUUUGUCUCUGUGAUAAUUUCAUACGGUCGCUACAUUGGAUACCAACCUAUAAAUGCCUACUUGUGCAAAUGGUUAGCCCUUCCAACUUCACUUGGUUCACUCUUAUUCAUUAUUGCAUCCACUGCGUAUAUUGCUUGUUAUUGUUUUAUUCCACACUUUUGGUAUCGAGGAUGUAGUGGGUUUGGAUCUCCACCACUAGCUAUUCGCGCCGGUGUUAUGGCCACAGCAAUGACCCCAUUUGUCUAUGUAUUAUCAGGAAAAUCAAACAUGAUUACUCUUUUAACUGGAAUUUCAUACGAAAAGCUCAAUGGAUUUCACCAAUGGGCAGGGGUUUCAACCCUAGUUUUGUCAAUUGUUCAUUGUGUACCUUUCAUGUACCAAGCUUUGGCUGAAGGUGGUACCUCAUUUUUGGCUGAAACAUUUGAUUCAAAGUAUUUCUGGAGUGGAUACCCUCCAUUCGUUUUGCUUGUCAUAUUGUGUGUUGGUGGUAAUUCUUGGAUUCGUUCUCGAGUAUACGAAUGGUUCUUACAUAUUCAUUGGAUGUGUGGUAUUGCCUAUUUUGCAACAUUGGUGUGGCAUAUUGACAAUGCCUUAGAUAUGCAACGUUACAUGUGGGGAGCAUUGGCAUUCUGGGCCACUCAAUUGAUUUAUAGAGCUCUUGUUAAGACAGCCUUUAGACCAAGUGCACUCUUCUUAAAACCAAGACCUGCAACUUUAACCAAAUUACCAAGGGGUACUUUCGAAGUUGUGGUUACUAACGUUGCUGACAUGAAAUGGAAUCCGGGCCAACACUGUUUCCUUCGAUUUGCUGGUUCAAGAGUAUUGGAUAACCAUCCAUUCUCAAUUAGUAGUAUUCCAUGCGCAACAAACAAGGACGCCAACGAAUUGAAAUUCAUUAUUAUACCUAAAAGGGGUUUGACUGGAAAGUUGUACGAAGAAUUAAAUGAAUCCAUUACUUUGAAGAAGAAGGUGUUCUUGGAUGGUCCAUAUGGAGGAACAACUAGAGAUCCAUUGGCCUUCAACAACAUUUCCCUUAUUAGUAGUGGAAGUGGUGUUACUGUAUGCAUCCCAUUUCUCACUUAUGUUACUCAACAUAUCGCUAAAUCUAUCGAGAAUGGAACUCAGUUUAUUCCUAAAGAUAUUCACUUUGUAUGGAUAGUUAGAUAUGAAGAGCAUAUCGAUUGGUUUCGUGAAGAAAUCGAACAAGCUGUAUCAAUUGCAGCAGAUCACGUAACUGUUGAUAUUUAUGUUUCUAAUCGUAAAGAGUCAGAACAUACACAAAUUCAUGAAAGCUCUACUGAUGAAAAGAAAAUCGAAUCUAAUCAAGAUUCUAAAUCAAUCAACGCCGAGGGAAUCAAUGUCUUCUUUACAAAGCCAGACGUAAAGGAAAUUGUCUUGGGUUCAGAAAAGUACUUGAGGAGGAAAUCAAUGUUCGUUUCUUCUGGAAGCGAUUCAAUGCGUAGAUCUGUUGGGAGUGGGGUGUCAUCACUUCAAACCAUGGUUUUCAAUAGUGAUUUAGAUAACCGCACUUACCCCAUUGAAGAGAUCUACCUUCAUACUGAAGCCUUUGGCUGGUAAAACUAUUGAAAAAUAUAGACUAUUAAAUAUUCAUACA